AUGAUUCCCUGCUUGAGGAAAAACCUUGCCCUGGGACUGUUAUCUGGUCGGGAGAAGGAAGUGGACAGUAGAUCCGUGGCGUCUGCCCGCUUUGCUACUUCUAGAUGCGCCGUGGUGGUAUUGGUGGAGAUAUACUGGAGCUGUGGGUGGAUUUGCGGUAUCGUCAACGUCACCGCCGCAGCUGGCUGUGUUCAGCUGCCUCGGUCCGGGCUACUCAUUGGCAUUUGCUAA